GAGGGAGUUCCCAAAGUUUUCAAAGAGGGCGGCACACAUUGUACUUCAGAAAGUGUUUGCAGAGCCUCAUGACACACACACACACCAACAUGCACAGAACCAUUCGGGUUAAGAUGCAGGCACACACAUGUGUGUCGGUUUAUCAGCAGAGGUGUUCUUGACAUGUCCGUGGUUCAUUAACUUACGGCUCUUGGUCUGAUGGUGGACGUUGGACCUGAAGAGAAAAAGAGAAAAAAACAGAAGAGAAGGGAAGGAAAGAGAAGGAAAACUUUUUGACAAGAAGCAGAGGAAGAAUGGGAUAAAAUAAGCAAUGGACUACUUAACACCCAGAAGUUGAGGAGAUGGACUGAAGAGAGCCGGAGAGACAGAGAGGACAAAACAGUGGAUGGACAUGGGCAGAGAGCGACUCACCAGGGGAUUGCUGCUGCGUUUGGGUAUUCUGCUCACUGCUGUGUGUGUGUGCGUUCAUGUUUACCUGGAGACAGAAUGGCAGGGAGCACCUGCAGCCCAGGCACUGGGACGUCCCACCCAGUCUAAUCAGAACUGGGGCCAACGAAGCAGAACCAAACAUGUCUCAGCAGAAGCAAAGGAGCAGGACAGAAGCGUUAAAAGGAGAAUCUCUUAUGUUCGAACACUAAAGAAAGACAGCCCAGCCAGGAAGAGGGAUGAAGACAGAGAGGACCCCUCGCCACCAUGCUGCCCACCUCCCCGCCCGCACAGAAAGACUCCUCGGUGGCAUAUAGACUUGGAACCCUGGGCCAGUGAGAGUCAUUCUCUGGAGGAUGAAGCUAAAAGGUUCCUGAACUACAUCACAACACCACAAGUGUCGUGUGAACCAUUGACUGGCGAGCAAGCUGCUCAGCAGGGGGUCGAAGGUGCCUGGGCUGCGUGUCUGGACCCUAAGUACAGCCUGGCCCACAGAAUACGAAGCAAACACUGCAGGGUUUACUCUUUUGGGUUGGGUGUGGAUGAUCGGUCCCUGGAGGUUUCUCUUGCACGGGCAGGAUGUGAGGUCCACUGCUUUGAUCCCAGUCUGAAGCAGCCUCACCUGCAGCAGGCUGAAAUGUGGCUUCAUCGGCUCUCUGUAGACUGGAGGGAUCCCAAUCCGGCUAUUGUCGCCCAACGUCAGUACGCCAACACCAAGAAACUGGCCACCAUCCUUAAUGACUUUGGACACAGACAGGUGGAUGUACUGAAAGCGGAUAUGGAGAGUGCAGAGUGGAAGAUUUUGGAGAAUUUGGUCCUGGAAGGAGUUCUGGACUCAGUGGGUCAGCUAUUGUUGGAGCUUCACCUGCACUGGGCAGGCUUCGAGGUGGGUGGCGACGACCCAUCUGUGGUACGGUACUGGUUCAGCCUGCUCAAGGAGCUCCAACGUGCCAACUUCCGCCUCUUUCGUGUUCACAGCGACCCUGCCAAACCUCACCUCUUUCUGCAUAAGAAUGUCCUCAACGCCAGCAGUGCUUACACCCUGAGCUGGGUGAACACAGAGUGGAAGCCUUGAGGGGGGGCCAGACUGAAUGUACAAGUUUGUGUAACAUGGAGUUUGAGUGUGAGCACAAAUUCUUGCUAAAGCGCAGCUGUUCCCCAGCAGCCUGCUCUUAUCUGGCCUGACCUUUUUGCAAAGCUAAAAUCCCUGCUCCUACUUAUCCUCCUGCUCUUCCUCUCCUGGCUUGUAAUGACCUCAGCCGUGUAGAGGGGCAGAGUAAUUGCCUCCAGAGGCUCUCUGUGUUCUACCUCAUAGUGGUUGUGUUGCUGGCUGCAGGUCAGCCUCUGAGUCACAGUCACCCCUGUCAUCGUGGGCCUAUCUGAGCUUGGCCCACAGCCAGAUAUUAGACAACCUUUUUCAGAUUACAACAGGUCUGCAUAGGCCCAGAGACCACCGUCGCCUCAAAUAUAACAUGAAUUAAAGGAAAUAGAUACACCAUGUUUAAAAGGGCAGAUGAAAGACCCUGCCCCUACUCAACAGUAAGUGGAUAUUUGCAGGAGGCCGUCGGAGCUGCUUACACAGAAAGAUAAAGAGAAUGUGCAGAGGAAUGUGGGUAAUAAAAGGUAAAGAAAUUGGAUCUGCUCCAGAGGCGGCAGAAUACGACUGCGGAGAAGAUGAAGGCAGUUGGUACACUUCCCUGCAGUUGAACCCUGAUAUGACUGCAUCGAGAACACAAAACAAUUAUGUGCAGAAUGGUGAUGUCUGAAGAUUCGUUCUGUUUGUUGGGUAUUUAAAUGAAGAUGUGUUUGAGUGUGAGAGACUAAAAGAAAAUAUGAACUCCAAUUUUAUUUUCCUGGAUUAUAAUCAAAAACAUCAUCAUGAGAUCCUCCAAAAUAAGCAUUUUUGUAUAACUGUCACUUGUUCUGUUUUCCUCUGGUGUUCAAUUGGCCCUCAGUCAAUUAUCUCUGCUGCACCUGAACUUCAACAAACUUAAUCUGAAAACAUUACACUAGCUGACAGCUUUU